AGGAAUUAAACUGGGUAAUUUGCUAUCUCAAAUUUUUAAUAUUUAAUAUUUCAAACUGGACUACCCUUCUAUUGCCUUAUAACGAUCUCGAAACCCAUCUCUAUAAGUCGUCCAUUAACAGAGAUGACGUUUUUAGAUUACAUCUCAACGGUAGUAGCAUCGAUAGGAUACAGUUCAUUACUCUACUAAGUACUCCUGAGUACCUCGCUACUAUACACCCAGCCAUCUCAUCUGCAACAACUCUAAACAUCAUCGACUCUCAAACGAAAAUCAUACGAGUCUAUCUCUCCACAGGAUGGCCCAAGAGUACGAAAUACUCUGAUAUGAUCGUCACAACGUUCUAUAACACGAAAUCUUUCGUCUCCGUCGCGACUUCAAUCGACCAACAAUCUGAGGAGCCACAUCAAUACAUACAAAUACCUCUUUUUGCCUGGUCCGCCGUAUUCACGAAAUCAACGACGAAAAUUGACCACUAUUGGCAGUGGAACUUAAAAAACCAGUCAAAUACCUCCUCAAUUAUGUCGAAUUUAAUCAGUUUAGUCAACAACACAAAGGAUAUACCAUUUCUUACAUCUUUCAGCGAUUUAAGCAUAUCAGAUUACCUCAUCAAUACUCAAAGAAACAGCUUAUCUUUUAACGUUAACCUUCCGAAUGACAUCAAUGAUGUUUCCCCACAAUUGAACUUGGUCGUUCCAGCUGAGUACUCAUGGGAUAUACACACCUCAAGCGACUGCAAAGUUUCCGUUAAAAGAUACGAAAACGCACUCUCAAUUCAAGUCCUUCCCAUUCAGUUUUCUAGUCUCUCAAUUGAGAAGACCACCGGUGCACCUUCCUCAAUACGUUACAAUGGCAUAAUAAAACCAGCCACUAAUACUGAAGACCAGCUUCUUGGUGAAGCGCUGCCCAGGUCGUCUGCUCACAAGUUCCACGCAAAUUCGAUCAUGCAAGAACUCUCUAAUGUAAGCCACCAAGAUGAUCUAGCUCCUUCAGAGAAACCAGCAGAGUCUUCCGUGACGAAUAAGAAGAAUGUGCGCACCCAAAAUCAGGCAAGUGAAAUUGCUUCACUGAUUCGCCGGAACUACAUAUAUUUCUCUAGCCUGCUGCAGGAGCCAGAAGCCAAGUGGAAACAUAUCAGCGAUAACAAGGGUGUUUCAAUAACUCAACUUGACACUAUUGAUCCCACGCUCGUACUUUAUCGAGCACAAGCUAUAUUCAUUGGUGUAAAUAUAUUCGAUAUAUUUGCGGUCUUCGAAUCCUACGGCUCGAGAGUAUUCUGGGAUAAGACCUUCGAAGAUGCCACAUUACUUGAAGAUAUCAACAACACUUCCAAUUUAUGGUACUUUAAAACCAAGCCUGUAUGGCCUGCAAAUGCUAGAGAUAACGUCCUAGUUACAACAUCUUACAAGUCAAUGUCCAGUAUACACUGCUUUGGAUUUACAGCACACGACACAUCACUCUUUCCGUCAAUUCCGCCAAUGACAACCAAUCUGAUCAGGUCUCAAACCGAUCUCUCAGGUGUCGCGAUUGAGAGCCUCUCACCUACGACAGUCCAAGUAACGAUACUCGAACAGAGCGAUCCAAAAGGAUGGCAGAACAAGUCGGGUAUACCUCAAAUACUCACACAACAGCUCUCAGGUAUUGGGGAAUUUGCUAUCAAAUAUGGAGGUCCUCCCAUCCUUACGGAUAUAACAAAUGGUCGUGCAUUGACAAGUCAUUAUGAUCAUGAUAAGGCUAAUUAUAAGCUGGAAUACGAAAUGAUAUUGCCAUUUGACACACUCGUACCUGUCCAAUCACAGGAGGAGUUACAUCCUAAUAGAACUAAAGAAACAUUUACUAUAACAUGCCUAUUGAGAUGCGAUUUGGAUAUAUGGGCAAAUAGUAUUGACGUUAUAAUCGAUCCACCAGCAACAGAUGUCGACUGUAUUCGUAGACAUCGACUUAGCGCUAAAGGCGGAGGAGUUUGGAUAACGAUAAAACAUAAGGUCGAUCCAUCAAAUGAACAAUAUGACAUAUUUGACUCCAAGUUAGCUGUCAACAUACUUAAGAGCAAGAAAGAAAAAGACCGUGGUAAUGUGUAUGUCAACGGUAUCAAGGUACCAGUCGAAGUUGAAGAAAUUUCAGAAGAAGCAGUCACGAAGUUGAAAGCAAUGAAGCGGCAUCCUCCAUCGAGAGUACCUUUGGAUACACUUGCAGAAAAGCAGCUGGAAGUUAACGAAAUAGAUCCAGUGGAAGGAUGGUCAACUUUGGAGAAGAAAACGGAUGAAUCAGCCUCAGAAGCUGCAUCUACCACUACAAGCAAGGAUAUUCCUACAAAGUACACCUCUAAAUUAGGCAAUGUGGCGGAAACACCUGUGCAAUCGCCCUCAUCAUUCAAGGAGAAGUCGAGUAUACACUCACAAUCUCUGGACCAAGAUGCUACGACUACUACAAAGCAUAAAGAGCCUAUGAGACGCGCACUUGAUUCUUUGAGUUGGACAAGAAGAAUUCACGACGAUUUGAACAAUAGCACGGUAACAACAUCAUCAGCCUUAAAGUCCACACUAUCAUCACAGAAGCAACAGCUGUAUGGGUCAAGUGCUUCAACGACUGGUAGUAUAGCUAGCAAUAGUUCCAACACCGAUUUAGUUUCAGCUGAAAGUUCUAAAAACACAAAUUGGAACGUGAUUUAUGAAAAAGAUGACUUAACGAUCAAAAGGAAGUUGUUCCAUGCACUAUCAAACGAUAUACCCGUACAAGUUGGACAACGUAUUAUCGAAGGAUGGAGCGUAAACGAAGUAGCAUCCGCCAUACAAUCAUCUUUUCUCAAUAAGUCUACCAGAGAUAGUAAAACAUGGGAUAAUGAACGAAUUGUGAAUAAUUUGCCUCUCGAAAUGUAUACAAGUGGUAGUUUUAGUUCGUAUCUCACACUAAGGACUACGUUCCCAUUCAAAGAUAGGGCAUUCUUUACGUCGACAAUCAGCAGCAACAUUAAUGGCAAGCGCUAUAUAACCUCAGCGAGUAUAGAUCCCUCGCUAUUGGCUGCUCACAAUUUUAAUGAGAGUAGACUGAAUAAGAGCAGAUUACCAUAUGGCAAAAUCCUAAUUGAUAGUUGGGUAUUGGAGGAAGUUGAUCCAUACAGCACUGAGAAGCUUCUAAUACCAUCUACGAAUGUCAGUCAUUAUGUGGCUGUUGAUUAUUGCGGCAAUGUCCCUUCGACAGUGAACAACCUAUGCAACACUUUGAGCGUGAAGGUCCUUAAUAACCUCGACAGUUAUUUAACGAACAACGGACCUCCAAUUAGCUUACUUAAACCAAUUCCAACAUUUUCUCUUAAUAAGAAUAGCGAAAUACCAGAUGAAGUCAGUCUUAGAGAGGGAGAACUCAGUUGGGUAAUUGAUAAACCAAAGAAAGGAGAAGUCAGUGUUGUCUUAUCAAACAAAUAUGAUGGUCAGCAUAACAUUGAAUUCGGACAUGGUCUGCUUUCAACUGAGGAGAUAGACAGACAGGCGGGAAUGCACAAGUUGGCAGAUAAAGAAGAUACAAUAGAUGAUAUCGAAAUAGAUCAGUUAUCACCUACACUCCCCGAAAGAUCAUUUGAGCAGCAACAGCAACAGCAAUCUAGGAAUGUCACACCAUCAAAUCUUGCAAAAAGGGCCUCAUCAAUGUCACUGAAAGUCCCAACUGGUUCAAACACCCAGAUGAGAAGUAUAAGCGGUGCGUCUACAUCUACGAUCCGCAGAUCAGAUUUCAGAAAUAACUUCGAUAAUCUUCUGCAAGCCUUACGAUUUGGCAGAGAUUACAUCUUGGCGGAACUCGUUGUUGACUUGCAGCUUUAUACGGGUGGUAUAAGCGUCGAUGUACAAUCUAGAGUCAGCGAUGAAGCCCUCCCGUUGUCUACCACUCAAAACACUGUCGAUGAGAUGGCGAUAGAUUUGAAUGUUUUUAACUUGAGUUCAUCUUUAGAUCCUGCCAGAGUUAGACACAAGCAACUGCUUCGAUUAGUAUUGAAAUGUGGUAGUUUGAAGGAUUCAUUCAGAGUUAAGCUUCUUAAUCAUCACAAGCUUGUAACGACGCUCAAUAUUAAGAGCGCGGAUGAGUUGACACCUACGAAAGAAGUUCUCUAUAAUGGCUCAAGUAUGGAUGUCAAAUCGGAGAAGCUUUCUAUGCAAGAUUUACUGGAUGAUGUAAAAUAUGAACUACUUGACUGUAUUCCACUCUCUAAUUCACGUGGAUACUGCUAUACCGCCUAGUUUACUUAACCCACUGGCCAUAUCCGGCAAACACCUCAAGGGUGUAGAGAGGGAGGAGGUAGUCGAACAAGCUGAGCCAGCUGAACCAGCUACUGAAGAAGGUGUCAAAGAUGAGACUAAAGAAGAGACGAAAGGUGAAAUCGUUUCAAGCAACUCAUUGAUGUCGAUAUUCAACUCGAACUCGAAUAUAUUUUCAAACUUCACGUCGCCAUCUUUCCCAUCGCUGCAGUCGAUGUUUAGUAUGAGCAAGACACCAGAGCCACCCAAAGAGGAAGACAACAGUCUUAUAGAGAAUGAAGUAAGCCAGAGCACAUCAUCCAGUCCUUCGCCUGAGAACUACAAAACACCUGAAGGGAUUCAAUCACCAGUGCACUCCAAAUCAACAUCACCUAUCUCUCAGACUUCGAGCGCAGAAGUUGAAACUGUCAACCCCCAACAUUGUCAACAGGCUUACACACCAACCUCACUCGGACUGGUAUUCCUACUUACGGCAGUAACGUUUUUCUUGUUAGGAUCACUCGUUCGCUCGUUGAUAUCGCCUGACGAUUACGUCGUCUAUGUUAGCAAUAACGGUGUGGACCUCGAACAGCUCGCCAAUUCAAUAAAUUACAAAGUAAUAAAGAAAGUAAUACAGUUUAAGAUACCCUUUAUCAAUAACGAAAUAAUCUUCGGGUUCUCUUAAUUUAUUUGAUGCAUUUUUAAUCUAUUGUAUUUAUCAAUGUAAACAACUUCUGCUGUUCUUCGAGCCUGCAUAGUGGAUGAGUUGUCUCAGCGACGUGAUCGUCUGGCAUCCAUAUUCUGAAGUCAGUGAAGCUGUGGCCAGUCGAUUGAAAUACUUGUGAGACGCUCUGCUGGGAUUGCUGUGGCUGUUCUUCAGGCUCAUCGUCAUUACUUUCCUCGUUAUCGUCGUCUUCCUCAUCAUCCAUUGAGUAUUUGGUAGCUUUGACUGGUUUUUUGGCACUUUUAUGCCCAUCUGAUAUUAUUUCGCUCACACAUACACCUUGUACGCGUUCACCCAAGCUGACAUCCCUCGCUGUGAUCUUCCUUCCUCUGAAUGCAGCUGUAUUCCCCAUAGGAUGGAAAUAAGUUGAAAUAUCAGCGACGCCUUGAUAUUCUAUUGAAAAUGGCAAUAAAUCAACUUUCACGUUUUUAUCCGCCGUCUUUUGUACUUCGAUUGUCAUUGUGAACUUUGAACGCGUCAACGAUGACCGCAGAUAAAUCAUCUGUACCAAUAGCCCAAUUUAGAGUCGUUAAUGAUAAAUCAAAUGCCUCACAUAUCGAAGACUCGUCUUUCUCUCAAUUCGGCUGUAAGUCACGCUGUAGAUUCUCUACCAACAUUCUGAACUGCAUGCAGAUAAUACGAUAGUGAAUAUGUACAAGCAAUCGAAUGCUUACGUCCGGUAUAUAGAGCCACUGGAUGUUGAUUUGGCCCGGCAGGUCGAAUAUGAUAUGGAUGAGCAAGAUAAAGAGUGGCUAGACGAUCUCAACACUUUUCGGGCUGAACUACACGUUGAAGCUGUCACUUACGAGCUCUUUGAGAUCAUCAUCGAUAGACUAGAGAAAGAGUACUUGAACCUGCAGAAGAAGUUACCAGCGUCACAUACUAAAGCACACUUCAAUGAGGAUUCAACCUGCGUUAUAUGCAAUGAUAGUGAAUGCGACAACAGCAACGCGAUUGUCUUCUGUGAUGGGUGUAAUUUGGCGGUACAUCAAGAUUGCUAUGGCAUACCCUACAUUCCAGAAGGGCAGUGGUUAUGUAGGAAGUGUACGGUCUCACCUGAGAACCCAGUCUCUUGCGUUCUUUGUCCAAAUGAAGGCGGGGCCUUCAAACAAAC